GGGGUCGCGGGCCGCCGGCUGGUCAAGAUCGCCGUGGUGGGGGCCAGCGGCGUGGGCAAGACCGCUCUGGUGGUCCGGUUCCUCACCAAGCGAUUCAUCGGCGACUACGAGAGAAACGCAGGUAAUCUCUACACAAGACAAGUCCAGAUAGAAGGCGAAAUGCUGGCGAUUCAAGUUCAAGAUACUCCAGGUAUUCAGGUCCAUGAGAACGGCUUGAGCUGCAGUGAGCAGUUGAACCGAUGCAUUCGCUGGGCAGACGCGGUGGUGAUGGUUUUCUCCAUCACUGACCACAAGAGCUACGAACUCAUUAGCCAGCUUCACCAGCACAUCCAGCAGCUUCACCUGGGCACUCGGCUGCCCGUGGUAGUUGUGGCCAACAAGGCUGACCUGUUACAUAUCAAGCAGGUUGACCCCCAGCAUGGACUGCAGCUGGCCAGCAUGCUGGGCUGUUCCUUCUAUGAAGUGUCCGUUAGUGAAAAUUACAACGAUGUCUACAAUGCUUUCCACGUCCUUUGCAAAGAAGUGAGUCACAAACAGCAGCCCAGCAGCACCCCUGAGAAGCGGAGAACUUCUCUCAUUCCCAGGCCCAAGUCCCCCAACAUGCAGGACCUGAAGAGGAGGUUCAAGCAAGCACUCUCUGCCAAAGUGAGGACUGUCACCUCUGUCUGAAGCAGGACCAUUCAAGGGGGUUUGGUCAUCCAGGAAGAGGGCCUAAGGUUCCUCCCAUGCAGGACUAUUGUAUGCUGGCCAUGGUUCAUGGUUCCAGAAAGGGCUGGAACAGAGAGGCCCUGGGGCCUGUGGAACUACUAGUGAUGAGGAAGUGUCUGGAGCAGGGAGCAGACAGACUAGGCCUGAAUGAGCACCCCAGGCCACUGUGGAUCUGUCACAUGGACUUUGUUCCUUGUCCUGUUGAGUGGGGAGGGGGCAGACCCAGUUUAGGUUUUCUUCUUAACUACCUUGUAAAGGAUGAUCAGUUAUAGGUUCAUCACAUAUAUGGGUGUGUUUUAGGUGGAAUGAAUGAACACAUGAUGCAGUCACAUGUUCCCCCUAUCCUGUCCUUUCUUCCUUCUUUUUCUUUCUUUUUUUUUUCUCCUAAGAGGAGGAAUUGCUUUCCUCUUACCAGUAUGAUUUACAUCUCUGGACCUCCAUUUCUUACAAGAUUCCCAGAUUUUCUUUUUUAAGAACAAGGAAGAGCUUCCCACCCUCAAUAAAGGUUGAGUUUGGGGCCAAAGGAUUCUGUGUCCAGAUGGCUAGGAGCUGUGGUCUUCAGGAAGGUGCUGGCUCUCCCGACAAGGUGUGGUGUGCUUAGCAGGGCAUGUGCUGAGUAGCUGUGAAGAACUUCCAUCCCAACUGACCAACUGUGAGACUGUAUAGUUCUGCUUGUUUGUUUGUUUUUUCAACUGUUACAUCAGGUACCAGAAAAAGAAAACUGUCAAUUGAUUUUGGUAUAAUUUGUGUAAAAUGGCCCAUGAUGAUGACAUUGGGUUGCUUCCUAAGCCUGACCGAGUCAUGGCUAUGAGUGGCUGACAUACAAAAAUACUAUCUUACAGUGACCAGAUACAGGGGCUUCCUGCCAAAUCCCCUAUACAGAUGCACUUUAAAAAGCCAUUCAUGCUUUGGCUGAAACUGUAAUUAAUUUAUUUUA